AUGCCGCCCACGGACUCUAUUGGAUGUUCUGAAUACCAGGGGGAGUGGGUUGUUCGUCAUUGUAUGCUUCCACACCAAAAUAAGUGCCCGAUGUCAAUACCUUGCCCGCCACUGUUCAGGAAGGUGCUAGGGCUGAAGCAUCAACCAUUCAUGCGAGUUCUACAUGAGGAGGACACAGCAUGUCGACUUCCUCGUCAACUUUCGUCCGCGCCACUUAAGACCACCAGCGAGAAGUGGUCGAAUAGGCCGGGAAGAAUGUGUGACGGCGAAGCUAAGAGGUUGGGGAAGUUCUGGCCACGAACAUACCUCAGGUCCUUCACGAACGAUCACUGCCUUGACUUACCCGCAUUGAAGCCGAAGCCCAGCGUCUUCGUUUCAAUUGAAGCGGUUCUACAAAAGCAGAACUUCCCGUUCUGCCGCUCAUCCCCUUCCAACCCAUCAUCACGCCCUUUCCACUGCCAACCCCCCACAAUUUCGCAACGCGUCGCCAUCCUAAACUAG